AUGGUUGAAGAAGCUGCUCAAACAAAAUAUGAACAAUUACAAACAUUAGCAUGUUGCCUUCCCAUUAAUGAACUUAUCCUUGCAUUUAAGUGUAAGAAAAAAAAAUUCGAAAAGCUCUCAAAAUUGGCAAUCUAAAGCAAGCCAUCGCCACUGAAUAUCCAUAAGAAACUAUGCUGAGCUAAACAUGAUAGUUUCUGAUAGACAAAAUUAUCUGCGAAAACUUUGUUAAGUGUCUUCCAAAAAAUACUAACUGCUUGCAGUUUCAAAAGCAAUUGACAUUCUGAGAGAGAAGCGAAAUGAAUUUUUCCAGAUGAGAUCAUUAGAUAAGAAUAUAUUCUUAUACCUUACAUAAAUUCUUACUAUAAUAUAAUAUUCUCAUGUGAUCUUACCCUUCGUUACGAUCUGGUAUGAUCUUAUUAAGAAAUAAUAUAUCUUAUCCAGCAGUAAUACGUUAUAUAAUCGUAUAAUGUGACUUGAUGCAAUUAUUUGAGGCGUACUAUGUUCACAGGCGUUAGUUUUAAUUUUUUCCCAUCAUACAAGAUCAGCCAACGAAUUUCGAACUUAUGAUCAUCUAUUCAUUGGGUCGAAUUUUUACGUCUGAAAGUAUUCAAGGAAUCAAUUUUUCGGGAAAAUUAUUCUCAUUACAUGAAACUUAAAGAGAAAAUCAUUUCUGUCAGUUGAAGAUAGGACGAAUAUGUUACGAUCUCGAUGUCUAUAUCACAAGUAAUCAUCAUAUCGACAAGGAGAUACAUCUGUAGCGUAAAGUAUUCAACACAAUAAGAUUAAAAAAAGAAAAAUUUCCUGAAUUAAAACUUUGAUAUGUGUAAUUUAGUGUCAUGUAUGCUUGUAUAGAUGUGAUAUAAUUUUUCUUAUUCCACAUAUCACUUUUAAUAUUAACUUUGUUUCUAUUUAAUUCCUAUAAAACAAAAAAAAGUGAUGUCAAAAUAAUUCGUCUAAUGCUCAUAUAUAAUCUAAUGAAUCUCGUCUUUAUUUAUUAUUUAGAACCAUACAAUAAGUCCGUAACAAUCUUUCUCCACAACAAUUCGUGGUUUCUUAUUUAGCCGUAAAGCGAGAAUGUUGCUUCGUAGUUGUUUAAAGAAUAAAUACUGUUGUGGAUGUGUUACGUCAAAAUUGUAAAUUUUUUGAUAAUAUUUACAUCGAAAAGAGAAGCAAAAAUCAGAGACCAUUGAUGCCGUCUCUGCCAAGUUUUGACAACUUAUAUAAUCUGGUGGAAUAAUCAUACCAUAUAAAAGUAUACGUAACGAAUUUAAGAACGAAAUAGUUGAGAGAGUUCUCAAAUGAGUUCAAUCAUUUCUUGCAAGAUGAAGAUGUUUAUAAUUAAGAGUAAUCGGAAUUGAUCGAAUAUAUCUUAAAUAAGACCGAUUAUUCAAUGAAUCAAAACUGUCUGUAAGAAUAAGAUGAUCAAAAAUUGUUAAAUUUCAAGAUAUCUGUUCAUUACAUUGUGAUAAAUGCAUACAAUGGGCUAUUUAAUUUCAGUCUGAAUUUAUCAAAUAAAAAUAAUACUUUAUUUCAAACUGAAACGUGAGUCUAGGAGUGAGGGGGGUGGGU